UAUCAAUAGACAAAUCAACCGUCUGCUAAAACGAGGAUAGCGAGUGUGAACCUUGUGUCCAGCGCCAGCAGCUUGAAAUGGCUGUGUACUGUAAUGCGACUACAGGAGAGGAGCUCAUGGUGUUUUGUCCACAGAUUAUCACCUUCAGCAAGUAUGGUAACUACGAAGUGACGAGGAUCGAUGACAAGACAGUAUCCUUUAAAUGCCUAAGAAACUUUCACUAUGUGUCCGGGGAUCAAAUCCGCCAGUGCCUACCCAACAAGACGUGGAGCGGCAUGGAUUAUGUGUGUCAUGUGGAUAGAUACAUGGAGCGGUACCUGCUCAGUUCCAUCAUAGUCCUGUCUAGUGUCUUGUUUUCCCUCAUCUUCUUUGGGGUAGAUUUUGGCUUCUUUGUCACUCGCAGGACCAAAUCAAGAAGAGAAUCCUACAGGCGAUUUUGUCAACAAAUACAGCGUAUUGCUACACAAAGGUGUAACAUGGCGACUAACUUUGAGAGGCUACAGCAAGGCUCACCUUUUACAAGCACGACCAGGGUCACAGGAACCUUCUUUCCUGUAUCGUCACCUAUGAGUCGCAGUUACGAGCAGAUCUCUUCUGAGGACAAUGAGUACAACAGCUACGGCCUAAACUACAUCUCGUCACUAUUGUCCUUCACCUCCACCAACAAAAGCCUCAACAGCAUCAGCAGCGGUGCCAGUGACUCCACCGACGCCAGCAAAGGCCAUCAGCAUCCGGGCAACCAUAAGUAUAAAGAGGAGGAAUUUAUUGGAAUAGGCCGUCCACGGAGUGGAGCGAUAACCAAGCUGAAUAAAGACAAGAGGAUGUCAAAUAAGACUCACACCCGUGUACGGAAUGAGAACUACUGGAAGCUCCCGCCCAUGAUGCGCAUGCACGCCAUCGACAAGUCGGACACACACGAUCUGGCUCCCAAGUGGACACAAAAGGGUUACAAUAAGAGCCAACGUCCCUCUCAAGAGCCUAAAGACAAAUGAACAACCCCCCCCCCCCCCGAAGAGACUAAAGAAAAAUGACCACAUUCCUUCCAAGAGCCUAAAGAAAAAUGACCACAUUCCUCUCAAGAGCCUAAAGAAAAAUGACCACAUUCCUCUUAAGAGCCUAAAGAAAAAUGACCACAUUCCUCUCAAGAGCCUAAAGAAAAAUGACCACAUUCCUCGCCGAGCCUAAACAAAAAUUACCACAGGCUAGGUGGCCAUAUGUUAUGUAGCCAUAUGCUAGAUGGCCAUAGUUUGUGUGGCCAUAAUGUUAUGCCAAAGUCUAGGUGGCCAUAUAUUAUGUGACCAUGUAUUUUCCCGUUGGUUUUUAACAUUUCUAGUUUGUAUUAGUGUUUCUUUACACAUGUAAGUCCCAUGCCUUGUUACCAUUUUGGUCAUUGUAUUAUGUGUUGUAUUUUUAUUGAAAAAUUUAUUAAGACAAUUUUUGUUUGUAAUCAAUUUAGUAACAAUUUUAAUGAGUAUAUUUAAACAUUAGAUGCAUUUAAAAUGUUUUAUUCAGUUAAUUGGAAAAUAUAAUUAUAAAAUUAGUUGUCGUGUAUGUCUUUUGCUGAAAAUAUAAGUAUAAAAAUGUUAAUUGUUAGAUUUAAAAUUAUAUUUUAUAUGUCAAUGAAUC